AUGUCUGAAGCACGUCGGGAGAGGAAACCAUCUGUCGGUGCUCCUGUAUCAGAGCUCCAGGGUCCUAUUGGCCCUGGCUUUAGCCGCCCAAAACACAAACGGACUUAUACUGGCUUGGCGCCAGCAGAAAUUAAAAGUGUUGAGGCCAGCAUUCCUGAGCCACUGAGGGAAGCCUGGAGAAAGCAUUCUGUCAGUGGAUUUACGACCCAAGAUGAGUUUGAACAAGAGCUGGUCCGCCACGUCGAGACUACCUUGGCUCGUUCGCUCCACAAUUGUGAUGAGCUUGCUGCAUACUCGGGAACUGCCCUUGCGUUCCGUGACCGCCUGAUCAUCGAUUGGAAUAAAACUCAGCAGCGGCAAAGCUCUGCAGAUCAGAAGAGGGUAUACUACCUCUCUCUUGAGUUCCUUAUGGGUCGAGCGUUGGACAAUGCUAUGCUCAAUGUCGGCAUGAAGGACGCGGCUAGGGAGGGCUUGAAGAAUCUCGGCUUCCGGAUCGAGGAUGUCAUCGACCAAGAACAUGAUGCCGCCCUCGGAAACGGAGGCUUAGGGCGUCUAGCAGCAUGCUUUCUUGAUAGUCUGGCGACACUGAACUACCCCGCCUGGGGAUACGGUCUGCGUUACAGAUACGGAAUCUUCAAACAAGAGAUUGUGGAUGGAUACCAAGUUGAGGUUCCUGACUAUUGGCUCGAUUUCAACCCCUGGGAAUUUCCUCGGCAUGAGAUUGCUGUCGAUAUCCAGUUUUAUGGCUGGGUGAGGAAAUAUCAAGAUGAGAACGGUAAGACGGUCCAUUCGUGGCAAGACGGUGAAACUGUCCAGGCAGUAGCGUAUGACGUACCUAUUCCUGGCUAUGGAACUUCUACCACGAACAAUCUUCGAUUAUGGUCAAGUAAAGCGAGCAGCGGGGAAUUUGAUUUUCAGAAGUUCAAUGCCGGAGAUUAUGAGAAUGCCGUGGCGGAACAGCAGCGCGCAGAAACGAUCUCCGCGGUGCUCUAUCCAAACGAUAACCUUGAAAGGGGCAAGGAGCUCAGGCUGAAGCAGCAGUACUUCUGGUGUGCUGCAUCGCUGCAUGAUAUCGUUCGAAGAUUCAAGAAGACGAAGCGAGCUUGGGGAGAAUUUCCCGAUCAGAUAGCAAUCCAACUGAAUGAUACACAUCCGACACUGGCUAUAGUCGAGCUGCAACGCAUCCUGGUUGAUCUGGAAGGCCUCACCUGGGAUGAGGCCUGGAAAAUAGUGACCAAUACUUUUGGGUAUACCAACCAUACAGUGCUGCCAGAAGCGCUGGAGAAAUGGUCUGUCCCUCUAGUGCAAAAGCUGCUCCCACGACACCUGCAGAUUAUCUUUGAUAUCAACUUGUUCUUCCUACAGACGGUAGAGAAGAAAUUCCCCAAUGACAGAGACUUACUGUCGCGGGUGUCAAUCAUCGAAGAAUCACACCCCAAGAUGAUCCGGAUGGCUCAUAUUGCAAUUAUCGGAUCCCACAAAGUUAAUGGUGUCGCCGAACUCCACUCCGACUUGUUACAGACAACGCUCUUCAAGGACUUUGUCCAGAUUUAUGGACCUGAUAAGUUCACCAACGUCACCAACGGGAUCACUCCGCGCCGCUGGCUGCACCAGGCCAACCCGCGGUUGUCGGACCUAAUCGCCACAAAGCUUGGUGGAUACCAUUUCCUGACAGAUUUAGCGCUUUUAGAUAGGCUCGAAGCCUUCAUCGAUGACAAAAGCUUUCGAACAGAGUGGGCAGAAAUCAAGACCGCGAACAAAAUCCGUCUUGCUAAGCAUAUCAAAGACGCUACCGGCUAUAGUGUCAACCCUACCGCCUUGUUUGACAUCCAGGUAAAGCGUAUCCAUGAAUAUAAGCGUCAGCAACUCAAUAUCUUCGGUGUGAUUCAUCGAUAUCUGACUAUCAAAUCCAUGUCUCCGGAGGAAAGAAAGAAAGUCUUGCCGCGAGUAUCCAUUAUUGGUGGCAAGGCAGCCCCGGGGUACUGGAUGGCCAAAACUGUCAUCCAUCUUGUCAACAAUGUCGCAUCAGUCGUAAACAAUGAUCCGGAAGUCGGCGAUCUUUUGAAGGUAAUAUUUAUUCAGGACUAUAACGUCAGCAAGGCAGAAAUAAUUUGUCCUGCUUCGGACAUAAGCGAGCAUAUCUCAACCGCUGGUACUGAAGGUAGUGGUACCAGUAACAUGAAGUUUGUACUUAAUGGUGGCCUUAUCAUUGGAACCUGUGAUGGAGCCAACAUCGAAAUCACUCGCGAGAUCGGCGAACAAAACAUUUUCCUCUUUGGAAAUCUAGCUGAAGAUGUCGAGGAACUACGUCACCGCCACUACUACGGUGACUUCCAACUCGACCCUCAGCUUGCCAAGGUGUUCGAUGCCAUCCGAAGUGGCACAUUCGGCGAUGCUGGCGACUUCUCUGCACUUAUUGCAUCCAUUGAGGAGCACGGUGACUACUAUCUUGUAUCCGACGAUUUUAACUCGUACAUAACCACUCAGGGAAUGGUCGACGAGGCAUUCCGGAACCAAGAUGAGUGGAUAGCCAAGUCUAUUACCAGUGUUGCACGCAUGGGCUUCUUCUCCACGGACCGUGUCAUCAACGAAUAUGCGGAUGGAAUCUGGAAUGUAGAGCCACUUACUGUGAAAGACUGAUCGAGGGCGUACGUUCAAUCCAGACAUAACUGCAAUUUUUUUUCUUUGCUUUCCCCCAUUCUUCCAGUAUAUCUCGGUUUUGAGGUUCAAGUCUCUAAUGCACCUAAACCCCUGCCUGUGACUUGCGUCAGUUCUAAUUAUAAUUAUUGAACAAUCCUAAGUAUUCAAGAUGGGAAUGACGACCAAACAUUUUCUGCAUACAAAUUGUUACCGUUAUGUGACUGUUAGCUGCAUACGUGCAUUAGCACAG